CCUGGAGAGGACGGUGGGCAAGAUGAGGACAAUGUCGUCAACUACUAUGCACAUAUUUGCGCAGUCUGCGCGGAUGGGGAAACCGAUGGGGAAACCAAAAACGAGUGGCACAGAGAUGAGCAUAGGGGGGAGGUCGGCGGGUGGUGGGAGAACUGAAGAGGGAUGAUGAGGGUGUCGGUGCCGGCAGGUGGUGGGGAGACCUGAUGAUUGAUGAUGAGAGUGCCGGUGCUGACAUUGACUCUCAUCCGCUUCAGGGUAUGGGAGACCAGGCAGGAAUGUGGGUGGAAGGUGAGUGGGAGGUGGUGUUGGAGCAGAUACCAACGGUGGCGGCUGAGGGGAAGACAACAGAGACGACAGCUACAGCUACAGCGAUGACAGCCACAAUAACAACAACAACGGUAAUAACAACAACAAUGUUACCAGCGCCCGACGUGGACGAAGGCUCUCACUCUCAUCAGUCUGAUGAAGCAAGCGAGGCAGGCAAGAGGGAUGUGGCGAUCGGCGUUGGCGAAGAAUCUCACCCUCAUCAGCUUGAUGAGGCAGGCGCGGUAGGCGAGAGGUACGUGGAACUGGGGAUGAUGGCAACUUCAACGGCAGGCGAGAGGGACGUGGUGAUCGGCGUUGACGGAGACUUUCACCCUCAUCAGCUUGAUGAGGCAGACGCGGAAGGCAAGAAGGACGUGGAACUGGGGAUGAUGAACCGCUUCUCUGAAAUGGUGACAAUGCAAGGGAAUAUUCUUCAUGAGAAAGUCAUAAAUGGAGAUCUUGAGGAUUUGGACGAUGAUACGCGGAUGGUGCUUCAAGACAAGGAUACAUUGCUCAACAUAAUCCAGGGAUCUCAUGACUACCGCACGGCCAAGAUCGAUGCCAUGGGUGGGGGAGACAUAUGGAGGGGAAACGGGAGAUGGAAGGAAGAAAUAACGGCAGGAGAAAACAAAGGACCGGGUGAGAGGGAAGAGAAGGAGAGAGGACAGGAAAAGACCAGACGGGGGAGGGAAAAGGAGGGAGAAAGAAGGGAGAGGACAGCGGCACGCGGCUGGCUGAAGGAAAUAUAAAACGAAAGAGGAGGCAGAAAAAGCGAGAAAACGACAAUCAAGUUUUAAUAGUGAAGAAAAGAGUACGGGGAGCAGAAAAGAAGAGAAGACAGGUAUCAGUACUACUCCCAUCAUGUUCCCAGUACGCAAUUGCCUCAGUCAUUCCCAAAAACGAACAGUUGUGUCUACGUUGAGUUCAACUCGAGCAUCUACUUUUUUGUACACGUACAUUAUACAUUAUACAUUACCUCCUCCUCCUUCUCCUCUCUCUCUCUCUCUCUCUCUCUCUCUCUCUCUCUCACACACACACACACACACACACACACACACACGAACACACACACACACACACACACAAACACAAACACAAAAUCUUUCCCCGUCCUUUUCUAUCAGUGCAGUAACUGCACAGUCCAUGCCGGUUCGUCAAAAGACUGGCGGAACUAAACCGGGCGCGGAUCAACGGAGAAAAAAUUAAAAAAAAAGAACUAAAUUUGAAAACAAUGAACUGAAAAAAUAAAUGAGCAAAAUAAAAUAAAAUAAAACCAACACCGUUCCUUGGUUCAUUCAAAAUGGUCGAUCCAAAAAAAAAAAAAGGUCAAUGCAUUCCGAUCGUUCUUGAACUGUUAAUCAUCAUCAGUCUGAAGAAGGUGAAAACGCGUAAUGUUCCUACGACACGUUGCAUGCUAUCAGUGUAAACCCCGACCCCGACUGAUCGCCUGCCAUCAGUGUAAACCCCGACCCCGACUGAAGCACACGUGGCAUGCACACCUGCACUUCCCGCCAAAAUGACUUCGUAGCUGACUUUUCCUAGUACAACCCUUUCCCCUUCCCCCAAUUUGCCCACAAUCUCCUAUACCCUCCUCCUCCCACAACCCUUUCCCCCUCCAUAAAGGGCGAAUCCAUAACCACCCUUCCCCCUUUCAUCAACCCCCCCUUUCACCGCCCCCUUGAUCUAUGAGUACCGUCAACGGCCCCGGCCCCCCUCUUUUCCCAUUCUUGGUGAGGUGCAAAGCCCCCGACCAAUUCUACCUAACCCUCCACCCUCUCUCUUCAUCACACAAACAAGAACGAAUGAACGAAUGAACGAAGUCAUUCGUCUGCGACGACAAUUGUUGCGCUGCUUCCUCUAGUCCCUCCGCCUAUGCCCCCUCCCACCUCCCUUCCCACCUUCCCUCCCCUCACUCUGUCACGCGAUACCAAUUCAUCAAAGCCGGGUGGCCGCAGCAAUCAUUCCUCCUCCCCCCUUACACACACACACACACACACACACACACACACACACACACACACACACACCAAGUGGCAAAAUGUUUACUGCCAAUGCAACAUAGCACCCCUAUGCUGCGAUAUUCAUACAUACACUAACACAUGGCCAUGCCCGUGGCUUCUCGAUUUAUACACUACCUGCCUCCCGCAAGCUGGUAGUAGAGCUAAUCCAUCAAGACUCUCACGCCGUCAUUUCUCUUCCUCCAUUCUCGCCCCUGCUCACCGUCGCAUGCACCCUCAAAGGUCCCGUGCUGAAGAUCAAGAUCAACCCACCUCUCUCUCUCUCUCUCUCUCUCUCUCUCUCUCUCUCUCUCUCUCACACACACACACACA